AUCUUUCUCUAUUCUUUUCUCGGUAAAGAUCGAAUCUUUGCCAUUUUGAUAUGCUCACGGAGUCAACUAUGGCGGCUACGUGCGUUGAACUCCACUCCAUCCAUCGCCACCAACCCCAUCGCGGUCAGUCAGACCCUCGGCCGAGAUCGAUCGAGACUUCGGGAGGCGGCGAGGAGGACCAUGGGCGCGGAGGCGGGGGAGCUCCCGAGGAUCGACUUCUCCGGCGUGGACGCGUCGGCGCCGGGGACGGGGCGGUGGGACGCGACGCGCGCGCAGGUGGUGGACGCGCUGGCCACCUUCGGCUGCUUCGACGCGCACUACCCAGCGCUCGCCCCGGCGCAGCGCGCAGCGCUCUUCGACGGCGCCGUCCGCCCGCUCUUCGCGCUGCCCGCCGACGCCAAGCGCCGCAACCACUACGGGCCCGGCAAGCCCUUCCACGGUUACCUCGGCGGCCUCCCGGGCCUCCACGCCUAUCAGAGCCUCGCCAUCGUCGACGGGCCCGAGCUGGGCGCCGUCCAGGCCUUCGCCGACCUCUUGUUUCCCGGCGCCGACAACGCCGCCUUCUGCAAGACCGUGCACGGCGCGGCGGCGCGGAUGGCGGAGCUGGAGGGGGCGGUCCGGCGGAUGGUCAUGGAGGGGCUCGGGGUGGCCGUCGACGAGGCCGAGGCCCAGAGCGCGCCCUUCUGGCACCUGUUCCGGAUGUCAGAGUACGGGGCGCCGACAGCCGACGAGUUGGCGAGGGAGGUGCGGUACGGGUCGCACCAGGACACCAACUCGCUGAGCGUCGUGUGCCAGCACGAGGUCGACGGGCUGGAGAUGCAGGCCAGGGACGGGCGGUGGGUCCUCGUUCGACCGUCGCCGGCGUCGCUCGUCGUCAUGGCCGGCAACGCUCUCCGGGCGUGGUCCAACGACCGGGUGCACGCGCCGUUCCACCGGAUAAGCGUGGGCGGGGACGCGACGAGGUACUCGGCAAUCCUCUUCUCCGUCCCCGGCGAACCGACGAUCCGGGUGCGCGACGAGCUCGUGGACGAGGCCGGCUGCCGCCCUCGCCGCUUCAGGGACUACGACUACGACGAGUUCGUUCGCUUCUGUGUCUCCGAGGAGGGUGGUCGCCAUGACGACAAGCUCAAGGCCUACUGUGGAGUGUAGCUGUAGCUCCAGGCGCCGUGGAGUCACAAGUGCACCGUCAAAUGAAUUAAGCUUGACCGAUCUGCAAUUGUGUUUUGAUGACUUUUAGCGACACGUGGAAAUGAUUUUUAGUAUUUUGGUAUAAAAGGCCCAAACUUCGCCCGGU